AUGGUUAGCUGCCUCUUUGAUCUGCUCCUACGCAAACACUUCUGCAUUCUUAACAACCUUAGAUCUGGAACGAAUUCCCUCCGAUUUCAUGCUUUCUCUUUCCGACCUGUGUUCCUCUCAGACUCGAAAUCAAGGAUUCUGGGGAGUUUAUACUCUGGAACUGUCUGUAUCUGGAACUACCAAUCCCAGACCAUGGCAAAAUCUUUUGAGGUUACCGAGUUACCAGUUAGAUCAGCCAAGUUUAUUGCACGCCGACAGUGGGUUGUUGCUGGAGCAGAUGAUAUGUUUAUUCGCGUAUAUAAUUACAACACGAUGGAUAAGGUUAAAGUAUUUGAAGCACAUACUGAUUACAUUAGGUGUGUGGCAGUUCAUCCCACCCUUCCAUAUGUGCUUUCAUCAUCUGAUGAUAUGCUCAUAAAGCUUUGGGAUUGGGAAAAGGGCUGGGUCUGUAACCAGAUAUUUGAAGGCCAUUCUCAUUAUGUCAUGCAAGUCACAUUUAAUCCCAAAGACACAAACACCUUUGCUAGUGCAUCUCUUGAUCGGACCAUAAAGAUUUGGAAUCUUGGCUCUCCUGACCCUAAUUUUACAUUGGAUGCACAUCAGAAAGGAGUGAAUUGCGUUGAUUAUUUUACAGGUGGUGACAAACCGUAUCUAAUCACUGGUUCUGAUGAUCACACUGCCAAGGUAUGGGAUUAUCAGACCAAAAGUUGUGUCCAGACCCUAGAAGGUCACACACAUAAUGUAUCUGCCGUAUGCUUUCAUCCUGAACUUCCUAUAAUCAUUACUGGGUCGGAAGAUGGUACGGUACGCAUAUGGCACUCCACAACUUACAGGCUUGAGAACACAUUAAACUAUGGCCUUGAAAGAGUCUGGGCUAUUGGAUACUUGAAGGGUUCACGUCGAGUUGUGAUUGGCUAUGAUGAAGGAACAAUUAUGGUCAAACUUGGUCGAGAAGUACCUGUAGCUAGCAUGGACAACAGCGGGAAAAUUAUUUGGGCUAAGCAUAAUGAAAUUCAGACUGUCAAUAUAAAAAGUGUUGGAGCAGAUGUAGAGAUUGCUGACGGAGAAAGGUUACCUUUAGCUGUUAAGGAGUUGGGUACCUGUGAUCUCUACCCCCAAAAUCUAAAGCACAAUCCAAAUGGGAGGUUUGUUGUUGUAUGUGGAGAUGGUGAAUAUAUUAUAUACACUGCAUUGGCAUGGAGAAAUAGAUCAUUUGGGUCAGCGCUAGAAUUUGUUUGGUCUUUUGAGGGAGAAUAUGCUGUCCGAGAAAGUACAUCAAAGAUUAAAAUUUUCAGCAAAAAUUUCCAGGAAAAGAGGAGUGUCCGACCAACAUUUUCAGCUGAAAGAAUAUUUGGUGGCUCUUUACUGGCAAUGUGCUCCAAUGAUUUCAUCUGCUUUUAUGAUUGGGCUGAAUGCAGGUUAAUCUAUCACAUUGAUGUCAAUGUGAAAAACCUCUACUGGGCUGACAGUGGUGAUCUAGUAACAAUUGCUAGCGAUACAUCAUUCUACAUUCUGAAGUACAAUCGUGAUGUUGUUAUGUCACAUUUAGAUAGUGGAAGACUUGUAGAUGAGGAAGGUGUUGGAGAUGCUUUUGAACUCUUACAUGAAAUGAAUGAACGUGUUAGGACAGGCAUGUGGGUUGGGGAUUGCUUUAUCUACAACAAUUCCUCUUGGAGACUUAAUUACUGCGUUGGUGGUGAGGUAACUACAAUGUUUCAUUUGGAUCGCCCUAUGUACUUGUUAGGAUAUCUUGCAAACCAAAGUCGUGUUUAUUUGAUUGACAAAGAGUUUAAUGUUAUGGGAUACACUUUGCUUUUAAGCUUGAUAGAGUACAAGACACUUGUGAUGCGCGGUGAUUUGGAAAGGGCCAAUGAAAUUCUACCAUCAAUUCCUAACGACCAUCAUAACAGUGUGGCUCACUUCCUGGAAUCACGAGGAAUGAUAGAAGAUGCUCUUCAUGUAGCCACUGACCCUGACUACAGAUUUGAUCUAGCGAUACAACUUGGAAAACUAGAUGUUGCGAAGAGUAUUGCAGUAGAAUUGCAGAGUGAGUCUAAAUGGAAGCAGUUGGGAGAAUUAGCUAUGUCUUCUGGAAAGUUAGAAAUGGCUGAGGAAUGUUUACGGCAUGCAAUGGAUUUAAGUGGCUUGUUACUCCUAUAUUCUUCUUUGGGAGAUGCUGAAGGAAUAUUAAAACUUGCAUUCCUAGCCAAGGAUCAAGGGAAGAACAAUGUUGCAUUCCUAUGCUUAUUUAUGUUGGGUAAAUUAGAAGACUGCCUUCAACUAUUGGUAGAAAGCAAUCGAAUUCCAGAGGCCGCUUUAAUGGCUCGGUCUUAUGUUCCCAGUAAGGUCUCAGAGAUAGUGGCAAUUUGGAGAAAAGAUCUCAAUAAGGUUAAUCCAAAAGCUGCUGAAUCAUUGGCUGAUCCUGAAGAAUAUCCAAAUUUGUUUGAAGAUUGGCAAGUUGCACUUGCUGUCGAAUCUAAAGUUGCAGAAACAAGGAAUGCGUACCAUCCCGCAGACCAGUACGCUAAUCAUGCUGACAAAUCACACAUCACCCUUGUUGAAGCUUUCAGAAACAUGCAGAUUGAGCAAGAGGGGCACCAGGAGAAUGGGGACUCUCAUGAGUUGACUGAACAAAAUGGAGAAGAGCACUACACAGAGGAACAGAAUGGAGAGGAAGGAAGCCAAGAGGAGGCAGUUGUAGUGGACGCAGAUUCUACAGAUGGUGCAGUACUCGUUAAUGGUAACGAGGCUGAAGAAGAGUGGGGUACGAAUAAUGAAGGAGCCCCUGCUUGCCCCACAUCACUAGGUCCCAUCAAGACAGUCUGUUCCAGCUUCUGGGAUAUUUAUGAGGUUAGGAUCAAAUUUUCGUAUCGCGUUGGCUAUGACAUCUGGCCUUGCAUUUGCAAAAGAUGUGAAAUCAGUAGGCGUAAUCAGUCUCCUCAAGGUGACAUGAAGAGGUUUUGUGGACUGGUUGUUUGUUUCCUGGUGUUGUGGUUUGUAGUGCCCUGA